AUGACAGAACAUAAUAGCACCGAGAGCCUUAUCAGUCAUUUCCAAUCCGUCUUACUUGAGCUCAACGCGAACCCGUACCCAGAUGUCGCGUGUCCACCAGACCUACCCAAACGCGCCUCCGUAGCCCUCAUCUUACGCAUACAACCGAACUACUCGCAUUGGCCCAACGAAUCUGAUAGCCCUCUACCAAAACGACGUAGGCGAUCUUCGGCAGCGAAGCCAACCGAUGAAUUCGACUUUGAGUCUUCGUUGGCCGCCUUCUUCGAGCAGGACUGGGUGAAGCAUGGCGACCCAGAGCUACUCUUCAUAAAGAGAGCGACAAGGAUUGGCGACAAAUGGAAUGGGCACGUUGCAUUGCCGGGUGGAAAGCGGGAUCCCGAGGAUGAGGAUGACCAGGUGACUGCUGCGAGAGAGGCGCUGGAGGAGGUCGGUAUUGACCUAAGCCCGGAGAAUGCCAUCGCUGUAGGCAAUCUACCCCAGCGCAUCGUCACAACCAGCUGGGGAAAAGUACCACUUAUGGUGUUGUGCCCAUACAUCUACCUCCUGACUUGCCCUGCCUACCCCCAGCAACGUCUCCAACCUACCGAAGUAGCGUCCUCGCACUGGGUCCCCAUUCGUGCCCUCCUAUCUCCCACACUACGCACCCACGAAUAUGCUGACGUCUCGGCGCGUCUUGCAAAGUCCGAAUUGGGCAUCAAGCGCUGGUUCCUGCAGGCGAUGCUGAGUAAGAUGAUGUUUGCUGCUAUACAACUGGUUCCGGCAAACUCGACAUAUUGCGCCAACAUUCCAGACUUCAUACCCUUGGACGAGGCACCACGGGGCGUAUUGGCUAAUAUCAGAGAUGCAUUGGGUGGACCUGAAACAAGGUCCAGAGACAGGAAACCUCCGCUAUUGCUUUGGGGCUUGACACUGGGUGUUGUGAGCGACUUGCUGGAGCAUAUCCCACCUCACAAUGCGCUGGAACUUUGGACGUACCCAACCUUUACGAACUGGGAUGUCAGAUUCAUCAUGUGGGCCAUGUCCUAUCGAUUCCGCAAGCAGAAGUCACUUGAAAUGAGCACAGCAGGGUCAAGCGUUUCGCCCACUUCUUACCAAGACUUUCCAGGGGUAGGAAGCGAAGCACUGGGUUCUUUGGAAGAGGAAAAGCCAGGCGAAGUCGGCAUAGCGGGGUUGGGUGUAGGCAGGGGUUGGGGUCAGACAGGAAGGAGUAAGAUGAUGGCUAGGGGAGCCGCUGUUAACUCGAUGCUACAGGGUUAUUACCCUUAUGUCAGGAAGGCGGUAGCUACAGCGCUCGUUGGUAGGAUAGGUGUUGUAGCAUUGGUAGCCUUCUUCGCUUGGCGCAAGCUGAAGUCUGAUGGACCCCUUUGAUCUCAUUCCUCUAGCAGAUUGUAGUAAACGAAGCAUGUAGGGGACAACUUCCUUCUUAAACGGUUCGCUCCGAAAUACAUCGUUAUGUUCUCACCU